AUGGGUGACAACAACGUUGUCCCCGCAAGCAGAGACAUAGUGUUUAAUUUUUUAGAGAAGUUUAACUCUCGCCUUUCGGUACCAGGUAUCAAUUGGGCACAAGAAAAUUGGUAUAAUUUGCAGAGUGUUACCAAGCGGAUCAGUGCCCUGCAAAAGGACGCUAGACUUCGGUCUGGAAAAGGAAAAUCAAUCAUUUCUGCAGUUUUGGGUGCCAGCUUGGUUGUAGCUGUGGAAGCAAGAGACCGGCAGUGUAGUGUCGAGUCUCAGACAAUACAGUCCUUGCAAACCAUCAUCCAGUCCCUGCAAGGACAAAUAGAGAAUCUAAAGGGGCAAUUAGAACACCAGAGAGCCCAGGAAGAUGAUCUACGAUCUGAUUUUGAAGAACAAUUUUUUACAGGCGAGAGUCGUGAAAUCAGUUUGCCCCGAAGGGAAAUAAUCUACCCCUGUGAGGAGCUAGAGGAGGCAAAAUUAAGACUGGACAAAUUAGAAAUGCCCCCUUGUGCCCUCCGACCUUUGAUCAAAACUGAGUUCACAUAUGACAACGACCUAGACGACUCCCCUCAAAUUACUACAAAAGAAGUGCCGUAUACUGCAAUGGAAUUAGCCAAAUUAAAAAAGGAGUUUGGUCGCAGCCCCAAAGAAUCAGAGACAGAAUAUUUGUGGAGGGUGUCGUUGUCAGGUGGAGACCAAAUACUCUUAAGUGAAAAAGAAGCUGAAGGAUAUUGGGGACCAGGAGUGUUUCUAACUACCGGUGACUGCCGUGCUCCCCGGUCUCUAACCCAAAGAGAAGCCUACUGGGCUGGAGGUCUCAGUCCCCUUGAACGGGGGGAUCCCCUUGCAAUUACAGGAUGUGUUGAUCAAUUAGUAUAAAAUGUAGAAAAAGCGGCAUGCUUGCAAAUGAU